CAGCUGCAGUUAUAGUCAAGACCACUCUGCCAAUUCAGGGGUGGGUGAAGGAUCUGACCCACCUUCCUAAGACAGGGGUGGCCCAAGCACAAACAGUGGCACGAUGGGUCGCCUAUCUCAGCCAAAGGAGCAGUCUGUCUUCAUCCCCCUUGAAAGAAGAACUUCAGAAGAUCCUAGGCCCAGUUACGUAUCACAGUGAUGCACCAAAAGAAAUACUGGUUGCUCCACCAGAGAAGAGUCCCGUUCAGGAGGGAAAAUAUCCUAUCCCUGAAGAUGCCUGGUACACAGAUGGGUCCAGCAAGGGCAACCCGAGCAAGUGGAGAGCAAUAGCAUACCAUCCUUCCACCGAGACAAUCUGGUUCGAUGAGGGGGAUGGCCAGAGCAGCCAAUGGGCAGAACUGCGAGCCGUGUGGAUGGUUAUAACCAAGGAUCCCGGUGAUGGUAUCCUGAACAUCUGCACAGAUAGUUGGGCUGUGUACCGGGGGCUCACUCUCUGGAUUGCACAGUGGGCCACCCAGGAAUGGACUAUCCACGCCCGACCGAUCUGGGGCAAAGACAUGUGGUUAGAUAUAUGGAAUACGGUCAAACACAGGACUGUACGUGUCUACCAUGUUUCUGGUCAUCAGCCCCUACAGUCACCGGGAAACGAUGAAGCCGACACAUUGGCCCGAGUUCGAUGGAUUGAGAAUUCACCAUCUGAGAACAUCGCCCGCUGGCUACAUCAGAAGCUACGGCAUGCUGGACAAAAGACAAUGUGGGCAGCUGCUAAAGCAUGGGGACUGCCCAUACAACUAUCUGAUAUCGUCCAGGCAUGCCAGGAUUGCGACGCUUGCUCCAAGAUGAGACCGAGAUCGUUGCCCGAAACAACAGCCCAUCUUGCUAGGGGACACAAUCCUCUCCAGCGAUGGCAGGUCGAUUACAUCGGGCCCCUUCCUCGUUCCGAAGGGGCAAGAUAUGCCCUGACCUGUGUCGACACUGCAAGUGGGCUACUGCAGGCCUAUCCAGUACCGAAAGCAAACCAGGCAUAUACCAUCAAGGCACUCACUGAACUGAUGUCUGCCUACGGGACACCUCAAGUCAUCGAGAGCGACCAAGGGACUCAUUUUACUGGUGCAACGAUACAGCGCUGGGCAGAAGAAAAUAACAUCGAAUGGCGAUUCCACCUGCCAUAUAAUCCAACAGGGGCAGGCCUCAUCGAACGUUAUAAUGGUAUUCUUAAGGCUGCCCUGAAGACAGACUCCCAGUCCUUGCAGGGGUGGACAAAAAGACUGUAUGAAACCCUGCGGGACCUGAAUGAAAGACCUCGAGAUGGCAGACCCAGUGCCCUGAGAAUGUUGCAGAUGACAUGGGCCACCCCGCUUAGGAUCCAAAUUACGGGCACUGAUCAUCAGGUAAGACCCCAAAUUGGUAAUGAAAAUAAUCUUCUGCUCCCUGCCCCUGAAAACUUAGAGCCAGGUACCCAUAAAAUAAAAUGGCCCUGGAAGGUGCAGGUAGGACCCAAGUGGUGUGGCCUACUUGCACCUUGGGGGAGACUAUUGGAGGUGGGAGGCUCAGUAGUCCCUCCAGUAAUAGGUACAUGGCCUACUGAUAUUAUGGUCAACACUCUGAUCUUUAUUGCUAAAGGGACCCCCAUCAUGUCCCUAUGGCAGAUCAGGACACCUCCUUUGGUGCCUGAUAUCGUUAUGCAGCCGCAGAUAUCCGGCAAAAAGGUGUGGUACAGGCGGCCAGGACGUGCCCCAGUACAAGCGGAAGUGUUGACCCAAGACAGAAAUACGGCCUGUAUCUUGCCCUGGAGAGCAGACCUUCCCCUCCUGGUACCUGUAAAACAUCUGUAUUACUCCCCGUGAGUCUGUGAGCCUUCAGGACCACCGGAAGGAACAAAAUGCCAUCAAGCGUUCCAGUGUUGUUGUACGUGAUCUGACAGCACCCGGUGAUGGUCUGCAUGGGACUGAUGGAACAUAGAAUGGACUUGCA